CAUGGGGUCAUGCGGCGUUGCAGAUUAAGCUAAAUUGCACCGUGCAUAGGACCAUGCCUAGCGACGACCAUUCAUGUUCGACGCUCCCCGGUUGUAAUGAAGGCCACAGUCAGCUGCCACUGACGCCGUAAGGACGAGGCGCUGUUUGUAGAAGUAUAUCGGACAUGGAUAUUGCUGCUUACCUGCGAGCAAUUGGCUUGGAUCACGCUUUGGUCAAGCAGGCAGAUGUCAAUGCCUUGAGACUCAUUUAUUCUCGCCACGUCAGAGUCGUGCCUUUCAACUCAUUGCCAAUUUAUUAUGGCACACCGAUUGACACAGCGUUCGACUUGAUCGGCCUUGCUGACAAAUUGGUAACAAAACGCGUUGGUGGGGUUUGCAUUGAGCACACCUUGCUUUUUAACCACGUGCUUGAGCAGCUCGGGUUCAACACCGUCGUCCUGGGCGGGGAGGUCUGGAAUGGUGUUGGCUGGACCCCAUCCAACAGCCAUGCUAGCAUCUUAGUCACCUUUCCCGCCCCGCCAACAACCAAUAACUGCAGCGAGAACAGCGACAGCGGUAGCAACAAUGUUGGCAGGCAACAGCAAUACCUAUGCGAUAUGGGUUACAGCAUGCGCUCCUGCGAGCCGCUGCUGGUGGCUGACGGAGAGCUGCAGGCCCAGCAGGACGGCAGGUGCUUCCGACUGCGGGCGGCUCCGGAGGCCGCCGCACCCCCACCUGCGGACUCGGGCAGGACCAGCAGCAGCGACAGCAGUGCGGCAGCGGAGCCGGGUGCAGCAGCGGACUUGGCGGGCAGCAGCGGCCCAUGGGUGUUGGAGUUGCUUGUGGAGGGCAGCUGGCGCCUGCAGCACCGCUUCCACCCCCAGCAGCCCCGGACCGCUGCAGACUUCCGCGAGCCGGCCGGCUGGGUGUGCAGCUCCGCGUCGCCCUUCACGCGCGGCUGGCUGGUGGGGUGCUGCCGGGCGCAGGACGCGGCGUGCAUGACGCUAGCUGCGGGUCCCUUCGCCGGCAGCCAUGUCCCUGCUGACAAGGCCAAGUACGUUGUACGGAGGCGCCGAGACCAAAGGGACUUGCCCCGAGACUGCCAGAGCAGCAGCGGCUGUGGUGACAGCGACAAAGACACUGACGGCGGCUGCGCCAAGGGCGGCAGCAGCAACGGUGAUUGCAUUUCUGCCAGCGGCAGCGGAGGUGGAGGCGGCUACCGGGGCGGCAGCAGCGGAGAUGGCGCCAGCAGUAGUUGCUGAGGGAUCGUUCAAGAGGAAACGUUGAUUCCGCUUGGUUCGGAGGAGCUGAGACGGGUACUUCGGGAGGAGUUUGGGGUUGCCUGGGAAGCGCCUGGGAGCUAGGAGGGCUGUGAUGAUGGCGUGACUGGCGAUGUGCAGUGGACAGGGGAGGACGGGUAACCUAUUAAACUCUAUGCUGCAGCGAUAUUCAUCAUGCUGCAGCGAUAUUCAUCACAUGUAAUGUUGGAGGGGCACUGGGCAGAAGCGUUGACAAGGUGUAUAGUUGAGUAGAAACAAGAGCAAGCAGUUGGGAUAGGUUCGCAUGUGAACCGCGAGUAUAGUCAAAACAGAGGCAAAGCAGAGAUUGACAAGGUGUAUGUGUAUGUACGGCGUGAUGACCAGCCGGUCACAUUUAACCGUUGGCACCAUUCUUCU